AGUGGAUUCGUGUUGUAGCCUGUAAUUUAAACGUAUGUGUCAUGCAUCAUUGUAGUUUCAGGUGCUGCUUCUCCUCCUAUUCGAGAAAUCAAUGAUGCAGAAUCGUUGGGGAAGAAGAACAAGACGUGUGACUUACCAAGGCUCCCAGUUUUACCCCAUACUGUGAGGCCAUUGUCUCGGGAAGAAGAAAUGUGGCUUUUCUCCAUCCAAGUGGGUUACAUGGAGAAAUGCGAUAGAGCCGACACUCUCGAAGAAUGUAAUCAAAUGAUAAAAAGAUGCAUACAGAGGGCUGGGAUUGCUACUAAUGAAACAGGUUCCGCUACACAAAUGGAAGCGGCUUUGAUAAUAUUUAAGUCAAUGAAGGACUGGGGUUUGCCGCUUGAAGAGGAAACUUAUGGUCCAUUACUUGAAUAUCUUAUUGACAAGGAGAUGAUUGAUUGUUUUCACAAUUUCCUCGAGGUUAUUGAGAAUGAAAACCCUUCUUCAUGUUCAAGAAUAAGACACUAUCAGAAGUUGUUCUUGAGGAAACAGUAUGAUAAACUUGUUCAAGAGCAGUAUGAUGCCUUUGUGAGUUAUGAUGGAGAUCCCAAGUCACUUCUACCAGAGCCAACGGAGGAUAUUUUGUUGGUCCUUUGUGGAAGUGGCCAGACGAAGGAUUUUGUGCAGCUAAUAGAUAGUGCGGACAUUACAAAGUUCUCAUCAGUAGAUGUUGCACGUGUCUUUAGAUGCUUUGAAAGGCUCCUAUUGGAGUCUACUGCAGAGAAGGUCCUUCUGGAAUUUAAAGCAUGUGACUGUGCAGCAGGGAAUACUUCAAUCUUGAUUUAUCGUUAUGUUCUUGGCAUUCCAAAUUUAACGGUGAGGACCUUACCAUGA